AUGUUUGAAAAUGAUAUGUUCAUUCAACAGAAGGGAACUGCUAUGGGUAGAAAAAUGGCACCGAAUUAUGCCAAUCUGUAUGUUGGGUUGUUUGAGAAGAAUGUGAUAUUCAGCCCUAACAAUUCAUUCUUGCGCCAUAUCAAAUACUGGAAACGCUUCAUUGAUGACGUAUACCUUCUAUGCCAGGGCACAGCAAAGGAACUUCAUCGAUUCCACUCCUUCAUCAAUACAAGAAGUGAACAUUUGAAAUUCACCCUCACCUUUGAUGAACAUGAAACAAGUUUUCUGGACAUUGAUAAAGAGGGAGGGGGGUGGCUUUAGCACAGACCUAUACAGGAAGCCGACGGACAUUAAUUUCCUGUUACGCGGAGACAGCUUCCACCCUACACUCCUAAAAAAGAGCCUCCCCAUCAGCCAAUACAGUUGA